CCAUCAAGACGCGCCGGGCGGGUGGUAGAGCUCUGUCCCCGGGACCUGGAGGGCCGGGAGGUAGCCGAAAUGGCGGAGGCUGUACCGCUGGUGUGGGUUCGCGGCCCCGGCUUCGGGUGCGAGGCGGUGCGGUGUGCCUCGGCCCGGUGCUCCGUACGAGAUGUGAUCCACCGACACUGUCAAGAUCGGGAUGUUCCAGUGGAAUGCUUCUUUGUGAAGUGCAAUGGAUGCCUUGUGGACGUCAGUGACGGAGUGCGGCUCGGCGCCGUGUAUAGUCUGGAACCCAGGCUCUGUGGAGGAAAAGGAGGGUUUGGAUCUAUGCUCCGAGCGCUUGGUGCCCAGAUUGAGAAGACAACCAACCGAGAAGCUUGCCGGGACCUCAGCGGGAGGAGGCUACGAGAUGUCAACCAUGAGAAAGCGAUGGCUGAGUGGGUGAGACAGCAGGCUGAGCGGGAGGCCGAGAAGGAGCAGAAGCGCCUGGAGCGGCUGCAGCGGAAACUCACCGAGCCCAGGCACUGCUUCACCAGCCCCGCGUAUCAGCAGCAGUGCCAUGAGAUGGCCGAGCGCCUGGAGGACUCCGUCCUCAAAGGUAUGCAGGCUGCCUCCAGCAAGAUGGUUUCCGCUGAAAUCGGUGAGAGUCGGAAAAGACCCAACCAAUCAGAAACAGACGGAGGAGCCCGUGCGGGGAAAAGGAAGUGCUUUUGGUUGGGCAUGGAAGGGCUGGAGACAGCGGAGGAGUCCAGCUCGGAGACCUCAGAUGAUGACCGGGAAGAAGCUCCUAGUACUUCAGGCACGAGCUCACAUGCUGCAGACAGCGGCCUCGGUGGCGCGGAGUCAGCAGCUGGGUCUCCCCACUGCUGUCCGGGGCUGGGCGUGGCCAGCACAGCCUCUUGCUCCCCAGAGCCACUGCCGGCCCCAGGGACGGCCUCUGGGUGUGCGGUCUCCGCAGAUGUGUGUGCUGAAUCGGGACAGAUCUCUGCUGAGGGGCUUGUGAACAGGACAAUGGCCACAGAACCCGAGAAGAGCCGGGAGGAGGGGCGUGGGGCAGAGGGCGAAGAGCCCGCAGGAGAGGAGACGGCAGGGGCUGGACGGACCCCGGAGACAGAGCCAGAGGCGGAGGAGGUGGCCGAUGGGGACAGAGCUGCCGAGGCUGCGCCUGGAGAGGCAGGGGCAAGCGAGCCCGCUGCCAGACUGGAGGGAAGCCAGUCAGGAAAUACGGAUACUGGUCAGCAAGCUCUGGAUUUGCUGGCCUUCAGCUCCACGGCAGAGCUGGAGGCACUGGGUUUGGACAGGCUCAAGUGUGAACUCAUGGCCCUGGGACUGAAAUGUGGGGGCACCCUGCAGGAGCGUGCAGCCAGGCUCUUCUCCAUCAGGGGCCUGGCAAGGGACCAGAUCGACCCGGCUCUAUUCGCCAAACCUUUGAAGGGGAAGAAGAAAUGAAUUUCAUCGGAGCUGGUUUCCUAUUUCUUCAUAGUCUGGCGUUUGUAACCUGAAUAAUGUUGACUCCUGGCCAUUAUUCCUGUUGAUAUUAAAGCUGACUUUUUAAUGACCUAAUUCUGACCAUCCUCUUUUUUCGUUACUGUAUGUAUAAAAUUAAUGUGUGAAAUCAUCUGGGCCUGCAGU